AUGUGCCAUUUUGGGACAUGGUACUCUCAGUUUUACAGUAUUUUGAGUUUCGUUUUCUAUUUCUAA